CGGGCAGAGGCAAACGGUCGAGCGCGGAUUCGUUCAGCGACAGCUCCUUCUAGACCGCGAUAGAACAUCGAACCUCGAACGUGAGCCAGUCUGAAUCGCUCUCAAGCCUAGUUCAAUAAUUCCACGAUUUUCUCAGUUUUUCUCGAGAUACGGUAACGUUCGUGUACUAGUGCAUUCCUCGAUCUAAUCGAUAACAACCUACACGUCAGUCAUCUGAUUAGCUUUUUUUAUCGGAAAAAUUACGCCACUUUCAUCACUGACCAGGUGUUUUGUGUUUUUCAGCCAGCAAUGGGAGAUUAUUCGUCUCAGUAAACCGUUCCGUUUCCUAGGAUAAUUCUAAUAAGGAGUUAUUUUCUACAUAGAUAAGUAAUCUGUAAAGCUGGGGUAUAAGGAAGCGAGCGGCACCAAAAUGGUGGACUACUACAGAGUCCUCGAGGUGCCCAAAAGUGCUACCACCGUCGAAAUUAAGAAAGCUUACCGAAAAUUGGCUCUGAAAUGGCAUCCGGACAAGAACCCCGACAACAUGGAAGACGCGACGAAAAAAUUCAAAGAAAUUUCAGAGGCGUACGAGGUGUUAUCAGAUGAUGCGAAAAGAAAAAUUUACGACGCACGAGGUACUAGGAGCUCAACGUCCAGAUCUUCCAGGAACUACAGAAGUUAUUUCGAUCUUCACAAUCCGUUUUCUCAACGGUUUUUCGAUAAGAAGAGACGCAUGUACGACCAGUACGGCAAAGACGGCCUGUUGAACGGCGGCGGUAGAUCUAGAAGCCGUCACGACGACGAUUUCGAUCUCGGCUCGUUCGGAUUCUUCACCUUCCGCGACCCUGAAGAUGUAUUUAGGGAAUUCUUCGGGGCCAGUGAUGUUUUUGAUCUCUUAAGCGACCUUCAUCCACACCGCCAUCGUCAUCACCACGGUCACCGCAACCGUCAUUCGCAUCCCCAAAAUCAGCUGAGCAGCCAUGGUCUCUUCUCGCCCUUCAGUCUACUAAGUACCGGAUUUAUGGAUGACUUUUUCAACCACGCCGCGAGCGGACACAGCAACGGAGGAUUCAGUUCGUUCAGCACGGUCAGCAGUACUUUCAGCAAUGGAAACGGUACCUCCAGCAGUGCUUUGGGAGGUAACGUCCGUCGUACGUCCACGUCCACUAGGUUUGUGAACGGAAAGAAAGUCACCACCAAGAAGAUAUUCGAAAAUGGAAAAGAGACGGUGAUGUCCUACGAAAAUGACGUGUUGAAAUCAAAGACUGUUAAUGGCGUUCCUCAAAGUAUAACAUACGGCGCGUAAAUGUUCGGUGUUGUCAAGUUGUGAAAGAGAGAUCGUAAAAUUAUAUAUAUAUUUCAUUAUACCUACAUUAAAAGCCAAUUAGCUAUUGUAAUACCCUCCCAAGUAGUGUUUUGAAAAUAAAAACAAAGAAAAAUAAUUACAGAGAAAUCUUUUUGGUAAAUUUUGGCCAGUAGCCAAACGUUUCAGUGUUGAAUACAGUACGAGACUAUGUGCAGUGGCAAAAGUGUUAAUUUUAUUUUUUUAUCACUUUAUUAUGUAUUACUAUUAUAAUAAUUCUGUUUUCAGAAUUCGCGUAGUAUCUUUUAAUACGAUUUGUAACUCAAGUUAUUUUGUGUGCGGGCAAGUUGUGUGUUCUUCAGUGACGACAAUUCUCAGAAAAUAUUUUUGUCUCAAAAACAAAGAUUAGUUGUUAUACGGGACCAUUAUAUUUUCCACAAAAGGAAAAAAAAAGUUAUUUUAUGAGAAUUGUCGUUUUUUGAAAAGUUUUCAAUACCUUAAUGUUUAAAAAAAACGUAUUUAUAUAUUAGGAUUUUAUCAAACAAUUAAUAUUGAACGAUGUAUAAUUCUUUGUUUAGAGUAUUAUGACAAGCUACAGAGCCCUUGUCUUGAUGACCCUAUUAAAAUGAAUGAUAUAUUAAGACUAUUUUACACGACUAGUUCGGCUGAAAAAUGCAACUAGGUGUUCGUGUGUGUGCUCAUUUAGUAAGAAAAAUACAAGAAAAUGAAAUGUUUUUUUUGAGUUGGAAUUUUUAUUUACGCAAGACUGCUAAUUUUAAAAACGAGCUUAUACCUAAUUUUAAAGUAAUUUCGAAGUGUGAAUUUACGAUUUAAUUAAUGUUAGAAUUAAAAGAAACCUUUAUCGUAGUUUUAAAAAUAUCUUUCUUAGGAUUAAAUAGUUUAAUUUUUUAUGUAAUUGUUGCUAUUUUAUCUUCUCACUAAUAGCAUUACGAAUUAUUGCACACAAAGAUGUAUAUGUUAUGCUUGUAUGUGUGCCUGUACAGUUACUUAAUGAUAAUAAACGAUAAUAUCUCAA